AUGAGAACCGCAGAGCGCCGAGUCAAAGAGCGCAUGCAGGAACUCGGAAACGAACGCUGGGACCGCUUUACCUGCCAAUUGUCACCCUCGCACACAGCCUAUUGGUCUCUCGCGCGCUCCCUCAAAACCGACACAGUGGCUUCCAUGCCCCCUCUGAAACGUUCAAAUCUACCUGAUGCAUUCGAUGACGACGAAAAAGCCGAGUGCUUAGGUGUCAAUCUAUAG